UAGCCUUUGCUUGCCACACACGCAGCACAGCAAGCAAGUUGCCUUUGUUUGACCUUUUCAGAGCUCGCACGGCACUACAACGCAAGAGAACUCCGCCAUCGUGUAGGAGGCGGCCAUGGUUGCAGGAGGAGACUUGGCGAGAGUCGCCAAGGGGGCCGGGAUAGUGGCCAAAGCUUUGCUGCAGGCCGAGGGGCCCGUUGCCGCACGCCAAGCGCGUCAAUGGAAGCAACACGGCAGUGGACUGGCUUCCAGCCUGAAGAACGCUGCGGCCUUGGCCGUUUCCUCCGCGCAACACCAGACACCGCCUCCUCCCCAGCAGACCUACGGUGGUGCCAAGCCAGCUACCCCGGCUUACGGUGGCACGAGUGUUGUCCAAACUUCAACAGCAGCGAGUGCCAAUUCUGUGCUUCCAGAGAACGCCGCCCCCAACCGAGUUGGGCCGGUAGCAGUACAAGCCACUGGAAGGACGGAAUUGCCUGCUGAGGCAACGCCGCCGAGUUUUAAGGCUUCCAUGCCGGAGCCACCUGUGAUAGAAAAGGAGCCUGCGGGUGCCGUUGACAACGGCGCGUUCUUGGCUAAGUCUGGAGGAGUCAGUGCGAUGGUGCCACCGCCAAGCAGGCCUGCAGAAGUGUCUGCAGAGCCUAGAGAAGUGUCUGCUGAGCCUGCAGAAGUGGUCAAGAGGAAUAAGGCGGACGAAUCCGGACCAUGGGCCUUCGCUCACGCUGCGAGUGACUCUGGCGAACGGAUGGGCGUCGGACUUGGAGGGGGGUCUUCCGGUGCCGUUCCACAAGCCGCGGCCGGUGGUGGUAUGACCAACUCCCGGACGCGCACAGUCCCCUCCUCCCCGCUCGCCCGCGUCUUCGGCUUCGGUCAGCUUGCCGCCGGUCUAGCGAUGGGCACAGUAGCGGAGGCUGUUCGUCAGUCUGUUCGGGGCGGCGGGGGUCCCGGCAACAAUGCUGAAGGUGGUGGCAGCGGCAGACCUGACAUAAGUCAGGGGGGUGGUUCUGUGAAACAGUACGUUGCAUCUGACGCGAACGCGGAGCGACUGGCCGAGACGCUCUGCCGCAUGCGAGGCGCGGCGCUGAAGCUAGGGCAGAUGCUCUCCAUACAGGACGAGAGCGUCAUCCCGCCGUCUCUAGCCAAAGCUCUCGACAGAGUCAGGCAAGGCGCAGACGUGAUGCCAUUAAAGCAGCUUCAUGGGCAGUUAGAAAAGAACCUCGGCAUGAACUGGAGAAGUAAGCUGGCCGCCUUCGACGAGACUCCCAUCGCAGCGGCGAGCAUCGGACAGGUGCACAGAGCCAAGCUGCCGGACGGAACAGAGGUGGCGAUGAAGAUUCAGUAUCCGGGGGUAGCGGAUAGCGUCGAGUCGGAUCUGAAGAACUUGCAGCGGCUGGUGCAGCUGACUAACAUAAUCCCACCCGGACUCUAUAUCGAGGAGAUCAUCAGGGUAGCGAGGGAAGAACUGGGUGAGGAGUGCGACUACGAAAGGGAAGCUGCGAACCAGGAACGAUUCAAGAAGCUGGUAGAGUCGGAUGAGAGCCUCAGUAAGUGGGUCAGUGUUCCGACUGUCGUCCAGGAGCUGGUCAGCAAAGAGGUAUUGACGACACAUUUGGCUCCUGGAGUCCCUGUGGACCAGGUCUUGCCCAUGCCACAGGAAGUCCGAAACCACGUUGCGAGGCUCAUGCUACGCUGCACGAUCAACGAGCUGUUUGACUGGCGCUUCAUGCAGACGGACCCCAACUGGGGAAACUUCCUGUUUGAUCGCGAGACAGGCAAGAUGAGUCUGAUCGACUUCGGAGCAUGCCGAGAGUACCGAAAAGGCUUCGUUGACGACUACCUUCGCUUGGUGUGGUCUGCCGCAAACCAAGACGAAGCGGAGAUAAUGCGGGUAAGCCAGGAGCUCAAGUUCUUGACGGGAGACGAGACACAGACGAUGAUGAAGGCCCACUUGCAGGCUGGCCUGGUCGUCGGGGAACCUUUCAUAGACAGAGACGGGGAGGCUUUCGACUUCCACGGAAGCAACAUUACGGCACGACUGAGCCAACACGGAGACACGUUCAUGAAGCACAGGUUGACGCCGCCUCCACAGGAAGCCUACAGCCUCCACAGGAAGCUAGCGGGGGCGUUCCUCAUGAACAUCAAGCUCAAGGCAGUGAUCCCCUGCAGAGACAUCCUCGAGGACGUUCAUGACCGAUAUAGUUACGGUUGAUCAUUCAAGUUUUAGACCCGUUCGGGUGAAGGGGCUACUCUCCUACUCUUGCACAAAAACAGGAUGGUGUGGAUUGCUGGGAUUUUUUUUAGGGUAGUCAAGAGCUCUUGAGGAUAUCAUUUCCGAUCAUGUACGAGUACAGAGCGGUCACACGCGUGGAGGAUGAACUGCUGGCGUAAGCGAAACAUGGACGUUCGUUGAAGCGCACGCAAGGGUACUUGGACGGUACACGGCCAAGGCCGCCGCGGCGAUGAAAGAUACCAUUAGUUAGGAUCGCCUCCUAUGGUGAGUUCGUACAAUGGCCACGGAAAUGGGGCGGAUCACUAGGAGAAGCUCGUGUGAGCCUGUGUUUAGGCUUUCGCAGUCAUACUUUCUUCCAGUCAAGCUAACGUACUCCUUCG